CCAUGUCACUCUUCUUUUUAUGACAGUGCAAUUCUGAAGACUAGAGGCUUAGUAUGAGGCUUCACAUGAAUUGUUACAAAAAUGCUGUGUUUAUAUUAGGUAGUGUCCUUGAUAUGGAUCAACAACAUACUACUGUAAAUCUUCACUUAUAUCCUCCGGGUCGGUCCAUGGACCAUGACCUAUACAUGUACAUCAUGGUAGCUCAAGUUGAUGGUUAGCAGUAGACAUGAAUAUUUAGGAUACAGUGAAACCGCUCACAUCCCCACCAUCUGGCUCUCACUCUCUAUUUCUCUCCAUCUAUGCUCUCCAACUUCUCUCUCUCUCUCUUUCUGUAAAGGCUGCUCUUCUGUGGUCAGGAAGUAAAUGCGCCUCUGUAAUGUUUCAGCAAAAGUCAUUGCAAAGCACAUCCGCUGUGCCACGCCAAAAGAGAGAGAAGUAAACAGGGUUUAUAAAACAACCUCUUCCUUAAAAUAUAUGAACUGGAUAGUGUUUGGUAUGCAGAAGUGAAUGGGCAGCACCGGAAGCUAACCAACCACAGGAGUCAACCAUGACAGCAUCACUUUGACCUAAUUCCAAGAUGGAUGCCCUGGCCAGCACAGAGGAACGAGACUAAACUAAGUUGAGCCAUAUCUCUGCUUAGGACUGAGUGAAGAGAGAGGUUAUGGAGGGGUCUAGGGUGCGCUCUCCUCUCCCAGACCUCAGGGAGCAAGACAGCCAGACAUGGCCCAAUAUGGAUCUCCCACUACAGAGCAGGCCACUGGAGGAGGCUAUUGGGUGGAGAGAGAUGGAGGAGCAAGUGAACCAGAUGGACAGGGAGGAAGAUGAUAACUCUCAUCAGACUGGAAGGACUGAGGAGCCAGAGGAGCACUGGGAUUCCAUGACUUUACCUGUGUACCCCAUGAUCCAUCCCAGUGUCCCUCUGUCCUUUACCACGGUGCAGUGGGACAUAACCAACCCCUCCCCUGACAUUCCCUACCCCAUGACUGACAACAGCUCGGCCGAUGAGCUGGACUCCAGUGGAGCGGCCAGUCUGGACUGGACUGUGAGUCCCCUGUCUCAACAGCAGCAGCAACAUCAAGCCUGUGUGACAGGAAUCAACAUAGAGCUGUCUGUCCAGGAGAAGACACAUAAUCACAACGGACCGGAGCAACAGCUGCCUUUGGACACAGACCAGGGUGAAAGCUCCCCUCGGGCAUGUGAUACACCAAGGCCAUAUGUGAAGGAGCAUGCAGCACACACACAGGAAGAGGAGGCUUCAGCACAAGAGCUAUUUGAGGACCAUGACUCUCUUUCAGGGAGACGUCCAUGGCCAGAGGAAGGGAUAGGACAGUCUGUGACAGCGGAGACUAUCACACCCUCUGACAUAGCUCCUAGCUCUGUAGAGACAGGAGAGUCCGAGACUAGGCCGGAUAGUGAGAGUUUAGGCUCUGUGCCGGGAGAGAAACAGGAACAGACUGGCACAGUCCUGACUAUACAGAUCAACCCAGAGCAAGGAUCCAGCUCUAUGGACUAUGAGGAGAAGGAGCAGACAGAACAGAUAGGACAGUCAGAGGGGAGGGAACAGUCGGACAGUGAGGAGGAAUCAGCGAUGAUAGAACUCUUAGAGCACCUGCUUGAGCCAGCUGAACUGAAAGAACAGUCAGAACUCUCAGAGAACUCUGAACACAGUGGGCAGUCAGAGCCUAAUCACACAGAACAGAAUGAAUACGGGAACAAUAACGAGACAACAGAGCAGCCAGAAGACUCUGAGAAACUUGUAGAGUCCGACCAGGUAGAGCAUUCAAAUCAGUCAGGGGACGAAGACCAGCAAACUGAAGAGGCCCAUUUACAACAGGCAGAACAGUCAGAAGUGACAGACCAGUCAGAACAAUCAAAAGAAUCAGAGCAGACGCAACAGCCAGAACAGACAGAAUGUUUAGAAUCAAAACAGACGCAACAUUCUGAACAAAAUAUGCACUCCGAGCAGACAGACUUUUCAGUGCAGGCAGAACCACAGACAGAACCAUCACAGCAGACGGAACACUCUGAAGAUUCUGAGCAGUCAAAACAAUCAGGGGAGAUGGAGCAGUCCGAGCAGUCAGAGCAGACGCAGCAGUCAGAGCAGACGGACAAACCAAUACAUUCAAAGCAGUUAGAAGAAUUACUUUUCCUUUGCACAGAGGAGCUUGAACAGACAGAACAGUCAGACCAGACAGAAGACCAGAAACACUCAGGGGCUGAACAGCCAGCGCAGACUGCACUAACUGAGUCGACAGAAGAGCUUGAGCAGACAGAGCAUGUAGAACAAUUGGAACAGAACAUUUGUACAGAGGAUUCAUGUUUGCCGCCCAGGAAAGGAAGUGGAGAGCAACUGGAGUCUCAAGUACAGCAGACGGAGGCCUCAGAACCAGUGGUGGUCCGUAUGAAUGGUGGAGGUUUGGACAGGGAGAGGGCCUGCAGGCUGGCUGAAAGACUCUACAGGCUGGAUGGGAUCUACAAGACAGAUGUGGUCAAACACCUGGACAAAGACAAUGACUUUAGCCGAGCCGUUGGGGAGGAGUACCUGAAGUUCUUUGACUUCACCGGUCAGAGACUGGACCAAGGCCUGAGGUCUUUCCUGAGGGUGGUGGUGCUUAUCGGUGAGACCCAGGAAAGAGAACGGGUGCUGCAGCAUUUCUCCUGUCGAUUCCAGCAAUGCAACCCUCACACCUUCUCCUCUUCUGGAGAAGUACUCACACUCACCUGUUCUGUGAUGCUCCUGAACUCUGAUCUGCAUGGACAGAAUGUGGGCAAACCCAUGUCUGUGUCCAGCUUCGUGUCCAACCUGGAUGGGAUGAAUGAGGGUGAGAGCUUCAGUAAGGAGCUGUUGAAGGCUCUCUACAACUCCAUUAAGAACGAGCCUCUGGAAUGGGCAGUUGAUGAGAAGGAACUGAAGAACUCCAUGUUGUUGGCGGAGGAUGCUAAAGAGGACGCACCCCUGCGCUCCAAGAGCAACCCGUUCCAAGAUGUGCCGCAUGACAAGAAGGCCACAGUGUUCAAACAGAGCUUCCUCAAACGCAAGGCCCACGCUGACAUCGAUGGCAAACGCACUCCUUGGGGGAAGAGAAGCUGGAAGGUCUUCUAUGGAGUGCUGAAGGGAAUGGUCCUCUACUUGCAGAAGGAUGAGUAUACGAUGGAGUGGCAGAGUACAGAGGAGGUGGUCAGUGUGCACCAUGCCCUGGCAGAGCAGGCAGCAGACUACACUAAGAGACCACACGUCUUCCGCCUGCAGACCGCUGACUGGAGGGUUUUCCUCUUUCAGGCCUCCUCCACAGCAGAGAUGAUUUCAUGGAUCAGCCGUAUCAACCUGGUGUCAGCCCUACACUCCUCUCCUCCCUUCCCUGCUGCCGUGGGCUCUCAGAGGAAGUUCUGCAGACCCAUCCUGCCAGCCUCGCAGUCUGCACACACACUGGAGAGACAGCUGCAGUCCCAUGCAGGCAUGCUGGAGUCCUUCCAGGAAGACCUGGCCUACCUGCAGCAGAGUCUCCCUGACGGGCGCAGGGCCAAAGCCAAGGAGAUGGAGGAACACCGAGUCAGAGAGGAGUACCUGCAGCAUGAGAAAUGUCGCUACGAGGCCUACAUCCAGAUGCUGGAGGUCUGGAAGGGUUUGAACCAGUCAACCGAGACUGAGGUGGGAACCAGUGAGCUCGACCUGUUUGACAGAGCUGUGUGUAAGGACACGGUGGAUGAGGAGGGGGAGGAGGGAACCCUGAAGAAGUCCCACUCCAGCCCCUCCCUGGAUCUGGAGAUGGCCUCGCAACCCGUGGUCAAAGUUAAACGCAACAUCUCGGAGAGACGGACCUAUCGCAAGAUCAUCAUACCGAGACGCAACCAGGACAUAUGAGGGCAGGUGUCCAAAAGUGUGGGGACACAUAGAACUCUGACAUGACUUUUCAAUGGCUUUUUUUAGGACAGGGACAAUGUGUUACUUCCAAGCACGGUCCUUUUUAAGUUUUCAUUUUCAGCUUGCACUUAUUCAGCAAGAAGGCAAAGGUCAAUAAAACAAAAUGCAUCCCUCAGG